AUGAGUCUAAUUGAACUAAUUGAAGAGUUUGAAGUCCUGGUCAAUGAGAACCCCUAUGCCCCUGAAAAUUACGACAAAGUCUUGAGUAGGCUUCAAGUCCUUCCAGACACAGCUCUACUAAUCAACAAAAUUUACAAGGAGAAAAUGAAGUACUUUAGACUUCGUCAAUCGGAGCUAAAUAACUGGUUAUUUGAAAUAAGAACUAUAGAAGACAUUCAGGAGCGGUCAAGAUUAGAGUAUGCAUUUUACGAAACUAUUAUUGAUGAUUAUCCAACGGUACCAAUAAUGACUGCAAUGCUAGAGUUGGCGGAUCAACUACUAUCCAAUGAGCAGAUUACCGAAGACAAAUAUCAGGCUUUGGUCUCGAAAGGGCUUCAGCUCUGUGGAUAUGACUUUGUCAAUGGAAAUGAUAUAUGGAGAAUAAGUCUAAACUUGCUAUUGCAACGUUAUAUGAAAAGCAAAGAAGCCACCGAUUUGGAUACCUUGAUCAAGUUGCACUUGAAAAGGUUAAGCUAUCCACACCAAAAAUUGGAUGAGUCCUUUGAGGAGUUUUCCUCUUUAAUCACUAAGUACAAGAUUGAAGAUUAUGACCAAUUGAUACAAAUUGCAAACAAAGUUUACUCUGAGACGAAGCAGAAGUUGCCCUAUUAUGAAAAGUUUGAAAUACAACUCAGGGAGGUACCUAAUGACUGUGCUAUUUGGAUUGAGUAUAUGGAGAGUGUUUACAAAUACCAACCUAAUUUCGCUCACGUUCUAACGAUACUCGCGAGAGCUACUCAAACUGACUUUUCAUUCUCAAACCAAGGUCAACAACUUUGGAUGUCGGUUAUAUACAUGCUAUACGCAUCUGAUGACGUAAAUGAAGCAAUUUUGACUUCGUUACUUGAACGGUAUCUUCGGACAUUUCCCAAUUCUUGCCCCGCAUAUGCAGAAAAUAUAAAAAAUUGUAUAGCAUUAGGUGACACAGGCAGGAAAAAAUUCAUUGACAUUGAAAACAGAAUUAGGGCCAUUGAUUUGCGUAACAUAUCCGAUUACAAGGAUUGGAAGUUAGUUGCAUUAGCCAUAAUGCAGUACAAGUAUCAAAACGAAUUGUCUAAUGACUCCUUUCAACCACUCGAUGAUUUGUUAGACACUAUGGUCACAUACGCGUUGGAAAACAAAGACGUUUUUCAUUCCGUGGAGAAAUUAGCUAUAUCACUAUAUAUUUCCUUGGGUAAGUUUUCUCAUGCUAUGGAAGUAAUUUUGUCGAUGUUUCAAGCAUUCCCUACUGAAAGUAGCGUUUGGUUGUACGGUAUUCGUUGUUUCAUCGAACACGACGUUAACCAAGAGUCUGUAAGAGAAACAUUCAGGAAAGCCUUAUCGCUUGCUGGGAAACUUGAUGCACCUGAAAAAUUGACAGAGGAGUGGUUGUUGUUUGAACAAGUACACGGAAACAUUGAUAGCUACAGAAAGGCGGUCAUUAUUUGUAACAAAGCCCUACAGGCGUUUAUGCAGUCCAAGGCAACUGAGGUUUCUCUGCGACCAGUGUUGCAUGUAGACCGAAAAAGAAGUCACGAUAUCUCGGAAGAAUUACUGCGAUCAAGAGAGGAAUUUGCGGUUCAGGUCAAUAAUUUAUCUCACGAUGUGACUGAUCAGGACUUGAAAGAGUUCUUUGCUGGCUGUGGCGAAAUCAGAACCAUAAACUUAGUGGAGCUAAAUGGCAUAAAACAGGCUGUGGUUGAAUUCACGAAUGAGCUUGAAGUGUUUUCAGCAAUGACGCGAACCCACAAGAUAAUCGGUUCUAAUGAAGUGACUGUCACCAGAGUUGAAAAGUCUUUAUUGUUUGUCAAUAAUUAUCCCAGUUCAUGCAGUCAACAAGAAGUGAGGGAGAUAUUUGCCCUGAUUGGGCCCUUAGUCAGCAUAAGGUUUCCGUCACAACUAAGGAACAAAGUUCGUAGGUUUUGCUACGUUCAGUUUGCCCGAUCGCAGGACGCUGAAAAAGCAAUCUCAUUGUAUGAUGGACGAAGCUACCGCGAUGAGAAUCUAAAUCAGGAGUUUGCUUGGGAAGUAAAGUAUUCGAAACCUCAAGAAAGGAAGGAUAGAACAACGCCCAUUUCCGAGCGCAAGGUUCGUGUGUCUAAUAUAGCUUAUUCGAUCGAUGAGAAAGAGUUGAGAAAUGAGUUUUCACAAUGUGGCGAAAUUGACCUGAUCGCAUUGCCCAAGGCUGUUUAUGAUACAAAAAAACGUCGCAUGAAACACAAUGGUGGUUUGGCUAUAAUUGCUUAUCGGGAUGCAACUAGCGUCGAAGAUGCGUUGAGAAAAAAUGGAGUCGCCUUAAAAGGAAGACUCAUUAAUGUUUCCAAACAGCAACCGCAUUCAAACUGGACACCAGAUGACUUUGAUACACUCAGAACGAUUGGCUUAGUCAAUAUGGAUCCUUCCUUGAACACUUUUCAGGUCAAGAACUUUUUGGAGAAAAAUUUUGGUCAGGUGUCAAAAGUACUCUUGCUACCUAAUGUUGGGUCAGCAUUGGCCGAAUUUGGGUCGGUUAGAGAUAGUGGUAAAAUCGCAUUAGGCUAUAGUACAAUUCAGAUUGAUGGCUUUCAAAUCCAAGUGACGACAAAAGAGGCAGUUGUUGAGGUCCUCAACACAAACAUCAAUAAUAGCGGGCCUGAAGCAGACCCAAAUGAAGUAAACACAAAACCUAUUUUGGUUCCCACGUCAAUUAAAAGAAGAAGAGUAUAG